UCUAACUGCCCGAGUCGUGUAAUAAAUGUCCUUACUGCUAUCAAUGGGAAGAGAAACUAAGUCGUGCAUGCUCAGACCACGUGAAAUCCACUUGCACACACGAGGACUGCUUCCACCUCAUUGAUGUAAAUGAAGGCCUAGUAGCAAUAUGUAGGAGAAAACUUUGGGACAAGGUACUCCCCAUCUUUGGAUUGGAUAAAUGGUUCUGGAAAAGAGGAAGCCAGGGUUUAUCCUCUUCAAAUGAAGCUGCUAGAUCACGUGGCGAGACAAGAGAAGUUGGUCUAAUAAAGUCUGACACGGCAUUGAAGGUGACUGUCCUGGGCAGUGGGGGGAGUUCAUCGAUGGGAGGCUUGUCCACCAUUAACAGACAGCAUGCCAUUCUGUUGGCUAAACAUUCGCAAGUGGAAGUCACUCUGCUUGUUCCACAGUCUGCCUGUUCUGAAGGAGAGAGGAGAAUGGCAUCGAGUCACGAUGUAUCUUUAAGAGAGGCACAAAGACGUCCGGGCUAUCCCGACCCCCUUGACUGGCUGAGUGCCCCACCGAGAGAUCUGGCCAUUGACAUAGUACUUGGUCAUGGAGCAAAACUUGGUAAACAAGCUCAAUUUAUCACAGAAUCGCACCAGAGCAGUUGGAUACAGGUAGAGCAUACUCCACCUGAAGAACUUGGAAUGCACAAAAACUAUUCUAUGGCCAUUUGUAAAGGUGAAGAGAAUACAACAGAAGUUGAGUUGUGUGAGUUGGCAGAUGCCGUGGUAGCAGUUGGACCAAAGUUGACGAAAGCUUACUCUUCCUACCUGCGCUCAUGUGAGAAGCACCAAGAUAUAAUUCAACUGACGCCAAGCACUUUCAGUGAGUUUUCCGACGUAAAACAACCUACAGGUGACAUGGAGAAGUUUGAGGUUUUAACAGUCGACCGUGGUGAUCCAGAAGACUUUAGCCUGAAGGGCUACGAUAUCUCAGCCAGAGCUAUAGUUGAACUGAACGAGAGAUCUUAUCAUCUGAUUUUCGUGGGUGCACCUGACGGGAAACAGGAUGAGGUUGUAGCGAAUUUACUGAAGAGUAGAAUUGAUAAAAGCCAGCUGACUGUGAGGAAGUUCGUACAGAGCAAAAAGAAAUUGAAAAAUUAUUUUGUGAAGUUGUUCUUUGUAUGA